AUGACGAGCCGAGAAGAAGCAAAAGAGAUCAUAGACGAAAUAGCAGGAGAGUAUGGAUACCUGGAUAGAGAGAUGAUGGACGACAUUGGGCAAUUCAACGCGGAUUAUCGCCGUAGGAUCGACGAGAAUUGGCUCAAGAUGGAAAACGCUGCAUCGCAUUCUAUCAAAGUGCUGGCAAAGAAUAUAUACGGAAGUGGUGCCAGAUUCGUGUUCGAGCUUCUACAAAACGCCGAAGACAACGAGUUCACCAAGGCUGGUCGCCUCGAAGAUCCUCCAUUCAUCUCCUUCAAGAUAUAUCCCAAACACAUUGUUGUCGACUGCAAUGAAGAUGGUUUCACCAGGCUAGAUCUGACGGCUAUCUGCUCUGUUGGAGAUAGUACCAAGUCAGCCUCGCACGGAUACAUAGGAGCAAAAGGAAUCGGAUUCAAAUCUGUCUUUAUCGCCGCAUCCAGAGUCCACAUUCGAUCUGGCAACUUCUCAUUCGAGUUUCGGCACAAGAAGAUCGAUCCAGGCCUCGGCAUGGUGAGACCCAUCUGGGUCACGCCAACAGAUGAGAUUCAAAACCCUCUGACACGUACCACGCUGUAUCUCCAUGACGAAGGCGACAAGGAAGACAUCGAACAUCUGAAGGCGAUCAUAUCCAUGCAAUUCGAUGACCUGCAGGAGACAUGUCUACUGUUUCUUCGAAAGCUUCAGCAGAUCAGCGUUGCAUUUUAUGACGACGUGGGCAACCUUGAGCGAUCGAAAAAGUUCAGAAAACAACAGAUUGACGACCAUCGUGUCUCUCUGGAGACCAUUACUGUUGCUUCCGGUGAAGAGAUCACCAAAAGUCAAAUCUACCAUAUCGCGAAACAAUAUGCAACGGGAUUGGCACCGAGCGAUAAUCGGGAACCGCCAAAGAACGACGAAGAGCGAAGGAUGUCUACCACUGCCGAGGUAGUAUUGGCGUUUCCUCUAACAAGUGAUUACGAGCCACAAAUCACUCGUCAAAAACAAGAGCUCUUUGCGUUUUUGCCUCUUCGUACAUCGGACUAUAAGUUUCACAUUCAUUCAGACUUUGAUACGAAUGCCAAUCGACAGGAUAUCAUCACCACAUCGCGACGCAACCGCAACAUUCGCGAUUGUAUCGGAACAGCAUUCUACAAAGCGGUCCUUCAGUUCUGCAACCACCCUACGCUGUGUUAUCAGUGGCCACUUUUUCUUCCACCGAAAGACAAUGGCUAUGACUCUUUUUGGUCACAGUUGGAUGCCAGCAUCCAGUCGUUGAUUACGAAGAACCCUGUUAUCAAGUCAAGGCAUAUAAAUUCAUUGCGCUCUGUUUCAGACGUUCGGGUCCCAGGAUUCGAUGCGAAAGACCAGAAGGGGGACCCGCUGUUCGAUGACCCCAUCAAGGAUCCGUUUAUCUCGCCCAGAUACUCUGGCGCAGCAAUCAAUGCCUUGCAAGAACACGGCCUCAAAGUGAUGGACAUCGUGCUUUUUGUUGGGUUGCUUGCUUCUGACUUGAAAAGCACUAACUCUAAGAUGCGCGGGAAAGCAAUGACUGAAGAAUGGCAUAGCCGCGUGGCACGUCUUCUCUCCAAGUUUGUGGGAACCAAUCCCGGUAUACGCUCCCUCCAGCUGUUACCACUAAUAGAUGGCAAAUGGACAUCAUAUGGAGAAGGGCCCGUCUACCUACCUGCGACAGGAGACGUCAAGAUUCCAGCUACACUGGAUCUCAGAGUUUUAGACUCUGCGGCGAUACAGAACCCUGACAGACGAACCUUGUUUAAGCAACUUGGCGUUUCUGAAGCUACAACUGCUCAAGUCCGACAAUCCAUCAACACGGCCUUUGGGGCGGGUAAAAGUAUUGCACAUACGAUCAUGUUGGAGUUUCUGACCUAUCUUUACCUUACGCACCAAACCAACGUACAUACACGCGAACAGUACAGAAACGUAUGGGUUACAACAAAGGACAACAAAGGCUAUUACACGUGCAGUACGACCGUCUACUUACCGGGAACCGAUCACCCCUAUAGCCCCGAAAGCCUUUUAUCUGUACCGGGUACUGCGCCGAGCUUUCCUAUUCACUUGUUGAAGGACCUAUUUUUCAAGGGAGGGCCGGCCCAGCCACAUAUGUUUCAUCCAUCGUGGAAAGUAUGGCUGGUAUCCUUCAUAGGUGUCCACGAGCGAUUUAGUUUACUUUCCCCUGGUGGAAAUACCUUAUCAGAGCCCUUCCUCUGGGUCUUCAAUGAUCACCCGGAUAAAUUCCUGGGCCUGUUCGAGCAUCUUUGGUUACAUGAGAGGAAGAGAUUAUUGGACAACCCAACUCUGGUCUCAAAGAUCAAAGACUUGUCCGCCAAACAACUUUGUAAAGUAAACUUUUCACCCAAGCUGAAGAACACAUGGCUUCCCUAUCCACACCUUCAAGAGUUGGUCCAGCGGUAUAUGGAACAUCCCGAUCGAUUCCCAUUCUUGAAGGUCGAGAGCGAUGAGACGGAUCUAGGGCCCGGAAUGAAAUGGAACUUCUUGACCAAGCAUUUCUCAGUUGGUAAAGACGACAACAUGGAGUUCUUGCUGGAGAUCCUCACCUGUAUCGAAAGAUCGUGUCCUGACCCAUCGUCUAUUCGUCAGUCCCAGAGGGUACUGAGUUUAUAUAUUGCCAUCUACGCCAAGCUUUCUGUUACUAAUAAUCACGUCGCUAUGGCAAUCAGAAUCAAGGAAUUCUUCAACGAUUCGGGCAUCCUAGACCCGGGCGAGAAAGCCCCGAUGUGGACAAGUACUUCCUUCUGUCUCUGGUCCGCGCCUCCUGAUAUGGUGACAGCACAUUCGCUGAAGAGGAGUUAUGCAAGGAGAAGUCUGAGUGAGGAAGACAUGAGCAACAUCGAGAACCUAUUCCAUCGUACGCUAGGUAUACGUAACGCUACGGUUGACAAUUUGGUAACGGAGCUGAAUGAGCUGCGAGAGGAGGGCUGCGAGGAAGACGAUCGCAUCUGGGAGCUUUACGAGUACCUGCAUGGUAAUGCGUUCGAAACAUCUGACAUAAGUGCAACGACGAUUCGGGGCAAAGCUACCUUGGACGAGUCAUAUGAAGACCUUGCUGAGUUCUUCAUCCAUAUACUCGGUGUUAAGUCACUUACACUUCAGAUGGUGUAUGACGAGCUAAGGCAAUCUCCCAACGACAGCCCGGAAGAGGUAAAAGUGGCGAUCCGUUCCUUGAAUGAGUUCCUUCAGACCGAACCCACCUACCUAGAUCCUGAACCUAUCAGGAGGGCCAAGGUAUUUCCCAUCAGGUACCCAAAUGGAAAUGUUUCUCUGGGUUCUAUCGAUGUGAGCUUUGCCAUUGGCGACCGAGAAAAAUUGAAGGCUGCCUUUGAGACCAGGAUUAGCCUUCUGGACUUUGAUCUAGAGGACAUCCGCCGCUUGAAGCCGUUGUUUGAUUGGUUGAGACUUGAAGACCGUUACUUAUCCAGCUGCGUCAAAGAGGAUACCUCCAUUUCUGGAGAUUCUGGAACACCUAUCUUGUCGGGUAACCGGUACCUAAGAGCCAAAGCCUACUUUAUCACCCGAGUCGCUGCGACAUUUAAUAGUCCUCGAUUCCGUCAUAAUCCGCUCGAAUGUUACGAGACUCUUCGCACGAUGGACGUGAGAGAAGUAGACGACAUAUCUUCGGUCCUGAAGAUGAGCCAGAACGGCCAGCUCUUCGAGACUAGGAUCGCCACUGCCAACGAACAUAUCGAUGAGACUGGCGGUAACCUUACCAUCUAUGUCCCAAAAGAGCCAAAGAAACAGGACAUUUGCUUCGCGUCGGUCCUGCCCAGGAAGCUUGUUGCAUGGCUAAUGAGGCAUCCUAGGACUCAUGUUACUGGGAAUGUCGAGGUUGAGGCAAUAUUUGCUCUCACGUCUAUCUUUGCCAGCGACAAGUCCGUGCUGGACUAUAUCCUCGAAGACCAGGGCAUUAUACAAAUAUCUUUGGAUAACAACGACGAGGAUGAAGUCUCACCUGUUAAUGGAGAGGAAGAACGUGCGGAUACAGAUCUACCUCCGACCCGGGUUCUGGAAACUCCUGAGUCCUCGAGACAAGAUUUCACCCCAACAAACUCCUCAGACAUCGAUGCAUUGUCAGAUAUCGCACACAGCACCGAUCUCAGUGAGACCGUAGUUGAGACUUUGGGUCAGAGCAGUCACAUGUCUCAUCAGGGUCGGACAGCUGUUGGAAGAGUUUCACCAAUUCAUGACGCUUUCCGUCCACCACGAAGCGCCGAUGUUACAAGUCCUCGGUUUCGUCAAAAUCGGUCUCCAGGUCCGGAUACGACCGACACAGGACUUCAAGAAGAUGUACGGUAUCGCUCCAUCCUAGAACGAGUAGUCGAGGCAGCUCGAAGAGCCAACUUCCCACAUUCAGGCGCCUUUGACAUGCAAGAUCUACGUGAUGCUCUGCUUGAUGGAAACCUCGGCACGUAUCAGAGCUUUGACGGGCUGGAUGUCAUGGACAGUAUGGGGUCCAGUAGCCAGCAAGAGCGCGACAAGAGAGUCGGUGCAGCUGGCGAAUUAUAUGUCUUUGAGCUGUUGUCCAAGCUCGAAUUGCCAGAUUGGGGCCGUGGCAACUGGCAAAGCACUAUCAGAAAGUACGCGACUGUGCAUCCCGACUAUGCAGACCUUUCACAUUGGUCCAGACGAGAAACUGCUGACCUAGUCUACGUCGAUGCUUCGGGCCGGCUUACCAACACCCUGAUUGAAGCUGGCAUUCUAACUUCCGACGAGUGGUCUGGAAAACAACCGACUUAUUACUUUGAAGUAAAGACAACGACUGGACCAUGCAAGACACCAUUUUACAUGAGCGGAAAUCAGUAUCGUCUUAUGGAGCGUAUCCACUACGAUGAAGAUCGUUCAGAAGUAUACAUGAUCUUCCGUAUUUACUCUCUGCUUGAUGGCAGCCGGAUUAAUUAUUGCGUCUACAUGGAUCCUAAGAGAUUGCGAGAUGAAGGACGGCUUGUUUUUACUGAGGGGACAUGGUCGGUUAGGCCAGGGUCUGUGGUUGAGCAAGAGUAG